AUGCUUUUUUCGAUCUUCUCGAAUUAUGUGCCAAGAUGGAAAUGCGAAGAAGAGGAACAAUUUGCAAAGAAUUGCAGUUCUUUUGAUCGAUGCAAUGGUGUGGUUAUUUGGGAGGAUCGGGCAUUCGAUUCAGCUGCUCUUGAUUUUGGCUGGGUUUGCGGAAAUAUGGCUUAUUUGCAACAGCUCUUUUCACAAGUUCAAUUUGCUGGUGUUUUGCUGGGAACUUUCUCAUUUGGAGCUUUGUCAGAUGCGUUUGGGAGAAAACCGAUAGCCACAGUUGCAUUGGCUCUUGGAAUCUCUAUGAACUUUAUUACGGGAAUUGUUCCUAGUUGGCAAAUAUUGCUCAUCGUUCGUUUCUUUGUUGGACUGGCGAUUGGUGGAACUUUGGUUGUGGUAUGCACGUUUGUGAUGGAGAUGCUCCUUCCACAGCAACGUAUGGCUCUACGGGCAUUCUUCAAUUGGGGUGUAGCUCGCCUAGCUGUAACUCUCAUUUGUUACGGAUUUCCCGAUUGGAGAACGGCGUCGAUUGUUUGUGCUCUUGUUGCUGCACCCGCUUUGCUCAUUGUGAUUUUCAUCUUCCCAGAGAGUCCAAAUUGGCUUCAUCAUAAGGGUAAAACUCAAUCGAUGAUUGACAGUGAAAAGAAGAUUGCUAAAUGGGCCGGCGUUCCUUACAAGCCAGUUGCGCAUAAAAAGAUUGAACAUGCAAAAACUUUUUGUGAAAUGAUCAAAACCGGUGGUCUUUUUAAAAGAUUAAUCGUUUUGUGGACAAUGUGGUUUUCAGCGUCAAUUUGUGGCUAUGCAACAGAUCUCAAUUCGAAUACUAUAUCCGGAGAUUUAUAUUGGACUCAAGUGUAUUUCUCCGUAUUGAUUGCUGUCUCGAAAAUGGUUUUGGUGGUUGUUGAUGCGAAUUUCCCCGGGUUCUCUAGACGAUUACUUCAUCAAGGCAGUCAAGUUGUUGUCUGCAUUUGUUUCCUUGUACUCACCGUGAUGAGUAUUAAAGAGUAUACGGGACCAAUGCUUUUGGUGGUUUAUUUAAUGGGAACUGUUUUCAUUGAGUAUACGUGGGAUGCAUGCUAUUUAUGCGCUGUUGAAUCGAUGGAAACCUCUUGCCGCGCCUCAGCUACUGGAUCUUGUUCUUUAGUUGCUAGAAUUGGUGCAAUCUGCGCUCCAACGCUCAAUCACCUUAACACAAUUUGGCCUCCAUCUGUCUUCUUGGCGGUAACAAUAGUUGGAGUGAUCAAUCUAUUUGUUUCCUACUUCUUCCUUGUUGAGACUAAGAAUGUAAAUCUGGACAAUGUGACGAUGGGAGAAAGACCGGAAGAGGGCAGUCCUAUGCUAGUUAAAGAACAAAAAACAGAUGAUCUUGAA